ACAUUUUUUUAUCACCAUAAAAAUAAUAGCGAUUAUACCAUUUAUAAUGUCAUCGUUCAGCAUUCCCUGUUUAUUUAACUGUUUGCUUUAGCAUCAACAAGUUGCUAGUUUCAAUCAUGACCAAGAAAAAUUUCAACACAAAACAUUUGCGUAAAGGUGAUCUUCUUCCGCCUUUUACCGGCAAACUGCGUGUUUACAGCAUGCGUUUUUGCCCGUACGCACAACGUACCUUACUAGCACUCAUCGCGAAAGAUAUUGAUUACGAGGUCGUCAAUAUACACUUGAUGGACAAACCUGAGUGGUACCCGACCAAAAGUCAAUUCGGAAAAGUUCCAGCGUUAGAGAUAGCUGAUGGACUGACUAUUUACGAGAGUCUGGUGACGGUGGAAUACUUGGACGAUGUGUAUCCACAACGACCUCUAUUACCUAAGGAUCCAGUCACGAAAGCUUACGACAAGAUCAUUAUUGAAUCAACCGGACCAAUACAAUCCAUAUUGAUGAUGUUAGUGAGAACACCUGACGCAAUUACCGAAGACCACAUAGCGGCGUACAAGAAAGCUUUGGAGUUCAUUGAAGAGCAACUAAAGAAACGUAGCAAGAAGUUCUUAGGAGGCACACAGCCAGGAUUCGUAGACUACAUGAUCUGGCCCUGGUUCGAGAGAACCCAAUAUGGAGGCAUAGAGGACGACAGGGUGAAGAUUGAUAGACAGAAACACAAAGUUUUGUCAGAGUACAUCGGAAACAUGUACAAAGAUCCAGCAGUUCAGCAGUACCUUGUCCCGGAAAAUGUUUAUAAAAAAGUCUACGAAGCCUACAAGAACCCCACUAUUGCCAACCUAGACAUAUUGAUUAACUAAGUUUAAUUAAUUUUCAAGGCGAAAUUUUAUUCUUUGAUGUCCGUUUAAACAUAGUCUGAACUCGUAAAUCAAACGGGUCCACAAUGAGAUCGAAUUUGAGGACUACCUUCAUAAUGCUUUUUCGCAUAAAAUUCGCUGAAUUCGGGAUAUGAUUUAGGGAUUUUUAACGCAAGAGUGAAUUUGAUCUUGUACCUUAGACCCCAUCUUGCUUACUAACAGGCAGAUUAAGGUCAAACGCAAUUUUUAAAAAAUCUUUAAUUUCAUUUCGGCACUGACUAUGUUUAAAAGGAUGCCAAUGAAUCAAUCACUUGUAUAUUCUUUAUUGCACUGUACCCAAUUAUCGUAUAACUUUAGCAAAUAACUAAUUUAUAAUUUUGUAAUUGAUGUUAAAUGAGUUGAUGUCAUACAAAGGAACGAUAUCAUCUCUCGACUAAAGUUGUAAGAAAUGAGCUUGUAAGUUCAUAAUCUUAUUUUGUUUCUCCUCUAGUCCUUACCCUCUUAAUAUGCUUAGUUAUUCAACUAUAACAAAAUACAAAUAUGUCUUUAUCCCUUACAGCAUAGCACCUUUAUUAUACUGGAAGUUUAUCAAAAGCUAGAAGACUUGAUGAUGAAAGAGAACUUUCAAAUUUUUUAAACUUUCCUUGGUUAAGGUUCACAAACUUUUUAAAUCACCCAUUUUGACAUUUAAUCUUGAGUUACCAAAUCCUAAUGCAGGCAAUAUAACUUAAAUUGAAAAGAAGAAAUGAGCUUUCCACUUUUAAACAUCAUGGUAAUGGCAUUUAGUCAUGACUUUCUAAUGUGUGAAUAUUAAAGCUAACAUUAGUAUCCCA